UACUACUGACUUGAACUUGGGAAAGUCAUGUCACCCCCUGGGUCUUCCUCAUCUGCCCUAACAGUCAGGUACUCUGCUUCAGCGAUACAACCUCCCCAUCCUCUCAGUCACCCCUAAGAAAAGCAGCUGGGACUUUUCCAUUCCGAGAGAGGAGGAGCCAUGAGGCUCCUGAAGGCAGAAAGUCCUUGGGGACCCCGAGGAACACAGAAGGCCCCCAGGAGGGAGCUGUGCUGGCAGCCUGAAGUCGUAAAUAGCCACUGUGCACCGCGAAGGGGCUUGAACACGGCAUGCUUUAUCUUGAUUGAUCGGCCUCGGUCCAGCAGGAGCUCAAUCAGGAUGAGACCUCUGGGAACGCUGUGGACGGGACUGGGCAAUCACUCUUCUCUUCAAGCAGCCUCUGGCCUGACGGGGGGCCGCCCUGGAGGGCAACCCGAGGGGCGGGGCCCGAGGCGUCCCACCGCCCACGGCCCGCGCGGUAACGCCGGCACCUCGCGGGCUCCUGGAGGCUUCCAGACGGUUGGGAGGUGGACCGACUCCAGCUUGGGCCUCGGCUCCGGGAGGCCGUCCUGAGCGGCCUGCCCGCCCGGGGCCAUGGAGAAGCUCUUCCACGAAAGCAGAAAAGAAAGACAAAGCAGCCUCAAGGACGAGUCAUCUGUACACAAUCUGAGCAAAACUGAACAGACCAAGCUCACUGUGGGCAGCCUGGGACUUGGCCUGAUCAUCAUCCAGCAUGGGCCCUUCCUCCAGGUCGCCCACCUCAUCGAGAGGGGGGCUGCCGCCAGGGACGGAAGACUCCAGCCAGGUGAUGUUCUGAUUAGUGUCGGCCACACCAAUGUGUUAGGAUACACUCUUCGAGAAUUUUUAAAGUUGCUUCAUCAUAUCACCAUAGGAACAGUGCUGCAAAUCAAGGUUUACCGGGAUUUUAUCGACAUACCCCAAGAAUGGCAAGAAAUACAUGAUUUGAUCCCUGAGACCAAAUUCCCAGUAACAUGCGCAACAGAGAAAGCUGAGCAGACAAAAGCUGACUGUCUCACUAGCGAUGACAAGAAAGACGUGGUUUUAGACGAAAAACUUAAGUUUCACCAGUCUCCACGGCCCGCUGUGCAUCACCCUGCAAGGAGGCCCAUGUCGAUCUCCAGAGAAUGGCAUGGAUACGGAAAGGACCGUGCUACCAGCAUAGGGCAAGACCUCAGCUAUGACGUCAUGGUUCAGAGAGACCAGGAGAGAGAGGCGAGGACGCCCUCCCCGUACUGGACAAUGGCGAAGCGGGACAGAGAGAGCUCGUCGUCGUCCUCAGCCUCAGACGCCUUCUGGCUGGAAGACUUCGCCCAGGCGGAGAAGGGCCAGGGUCAGCCCGUAUCAGUGUCGGUUAGGCAGCAGCCUGCAAAUCCAUGAUCCCAGGAGCAUUUCUCUGGGAAACACCCGAUUCCAGUUUGGCUAUACUCACGGGAUUCGUGCAGACUGACCAGUUCUCUUUCGCCACGGUGUGGGAAGCCAUUAGACCUUCAAAGUGACAGCCAAAGAUGUCCCUCUCUGGCGUGUCACAUUUUAUUCUCAAAACAGCAGCAUCGUUCAGAUCACGAAGCCCCUCGUUUCUUUUAGAAAAUGCGGCAGAGCACCCCAUAUCAGAGCAUGUGGACACAGCAGAGGGUUCAUUUUAAGUAGCACAUUACUGUUUACAGACUUAAUUUCUCGUUUUGCAGACUGCAGUGCCCUACUUAAAAGCAAUAAUAGAGAUAUUUUUUGGCUAGUUAUUUAUAUUAUAUUUGUUUUCCUUUACUGCCUUACUGUUACUUGGAAUGUCAGGUUGACAGUUAACUACCUGAAAGUGACAGGCUACAAGGAGAUGAGAAAACACAAAGCCUCCGCAGUGAGGAUAGAGCAGAUACUUAAAAUGAAGCAGUGGGAAUACAGGAUAUGACUGACAGGGAAUUCAUUUCUCAUAAACAGCCUCUCUUGCAAAAAGGGGGCAAAACCCAGACCAUGACUGUUAAUUACCCAAAAGGAGAGACUGUUCAACUGCUUUAUCUGAAAAAGCCACCAACAAUCAUCUGUAAAUACCAACUCUGAGGGCUAUUGAGCCUGGAUUUCAAUAGUUUCUGAGGCUUCUCAUACUCCUGU